ACUGAACAGAAGAACAUGGCUUCAUCCUUUCUCAUCGUCCUCUUCAUCAGCCUCCACUCAGCAGAUGGAUUUUUGUUUUCUUGGGUAAGCCGUUGUUACUUUAACUCCACUGAGCUGAAGGACAUGGAGUUUAUCAGGUCUUAUUAUUUCAACAAAGAUGAGCUCGUCAGGUUCAGCAGCAGUUUGGGGAAGUUUGUUGGAUACACUGAAUGGGGAAUGAAGGCCGCAGACUACUGGAAUGGUGGGCCAUAUGUGGCUCGGAUGAAGACUGUGAAGGAGAGGGUCUGUCAACACAACAUCGGGAACUAUUACGGUGCCAUUCUGACUAAAUCAGCCGAGCCAUAUGUCAGACUGAGAUCAGUGACUCCCUCCGGUGCAACCCAUCCCACCAUGCUGGUCUGCAGCGUCUACGACUUCUACCCCAAACUGAUCCGAGUCGGCUGGCUCAGAGACGGACAGGAAGUCACCUCUGAUGUCACUUCCACUGACGAGAUGGCAGACGGAGACUGGUACUACCAGGUCCACUCCCACCUGGAGUACAUGCCCAGGUCUGGAGAGAAGAUCUCCUGUGUGGUGGAGCACGCCAGUCUGAAAGAACCUCUGGUCACUCACUGGGACCCGUCCAUGCCUGAGUCUGACAGAAACAAGUUUGCCAUCGGAGCCUCAGGACUGAUCCUGGGUCUGGUCUUAUCUCUGGCUGGAUUCAUCUACUACAAGAGGAAGUCCCGAGGAAGGAUUCUGGUCCCCAGUAGCUGAUCCUGAUCCUGGUCCUGGACCUGAUCCUGGUCCUGAUCCUUGUCCUG